AUGCCUCCAAAAAGAAAAUUAGCAGGACUUGAUGAUGAAGACUCAUCACAAGCAAACAAUGCAACUGUUGCAAUAGUUACCUCAACAACCUCCACAACCACAAAAACAUCUUCUUCAUCAGUACUAACAUCAAAUUCUUCUUCAAAUACUUCAAAUAAUAAUAAAACAAAUAAUGAUAAUAAUAAUAAUAAUAAUGAUGACAGAUGUCCAAUACCAAUGACAUCAGAUUCUAAACAAAUUUAUUGGCAAUAUCAAAAUUCAGAAUUUGAAUGGAAAGAUAUUAAAUAUAAUUUAUUAGAUUCAAUUGAAAAAGUUUAUCAAAAAACACCAAAAGAUAGUGAUGAACAAAUUUUUGAUGAUAUAGUUAUAAUAUUUAGUGAAAUGAAAAUGUACAAUAGUAAAGAUAAUGCCAAAACCAAGAAAUCAAUAAAGAGAGUUUUUCGUCAACCAAUUUGGAGCUGGGAAAAGGCAAGAGGUGAAUUUAAAGCUUUCAAACCAGACAUAUCCUUAAAAGUGGAAUCCUCCUUUUUAAAAGGUCUUUCAAAGGCUUCAAUUAAUGCUGAAAGAUAUAUUAACUUUUCUUCAUUCGAACAAGCUAGAUUCGAUGAUGAUACUAAAACUAGAAGAGUUAGAAGAAACCAUAUUGAUGUUUCUGAUUAUCAUAACCCAUAUUGGUAUUUCUUACAUUCACAUACUCAAACUACAACUCCAAAAAUUACUACAAAAUCUUGGAAAGAAUUUGAUGGUUCACAUGAUGAUAUUAAUAAAGCAUUUAAGAAUUUAAUUGAAAAAGGUGAAAAUACUCAAAUUAAAAUAUCAGAUGAUGAAACAAUUUGUUUUUUAUCAAUGACAUUAAUUAAAAAAGGUAGUGAUACAGUAGUAGUUAAAAUUGAUAAUGGUCCAGUUUUACCAUUAAAGAAAUCAUAUUCACAAUUAUCAGAACAAGAGAGAAAGGAUAUGAUUAAUAAAAUGUUAUCAGGUCAAACAAGUGAUAGUGGCAACAACAAAAAGAAGAAGGAUAAUGAUUCUGAUGAUGAUGAUGAUGAUAAAUCAAAAAAGAAACAAAAAACUGAUAGUGGUAAUUCUGGAAAUUAUUUACCAGGUGAAUUGGAUGUUCUUAAAAAGGAUAAACCAAUGAAAUAUAUUCUUAGACCAACUAGACAUCUUAGUGGUGUUAGUCAAGCUGAUGCUCAUUUUAGAAUUGCAGAGAGUCAAUUCUAUAGAUUGUUGACAUCAGGUAAUUCAAUGAAGGUGACAAAGGUUGAAUACAUUUGUAAUCCAACACUUACAAAGAAAUUCAAUGCCAAAAUGGAGGAAUACAAAUCUAAAAAGUAUGAACAUAGUGAUCCUGUAUUUGGUUUUCAUGGCACUGCCGCAAAGAAUAUUAUUCCCAUUUGUACCAACAAUUUCUCUGUGCCAGGUGGUGGUAGUGGUGUUAAACAUGCCACUGAUUCAGGUUGGUAUGGUAAAGGUAUUUAUUUUAGCGAGUUUACAGACUACUCAAUUGGUUACAUCAAAGAUUGUACAAAGAUACUUUUAUGCAAGGUUCUAUUGGGUAAAGCUUACAAAUGCUCCACUUUAAUUCACGGUAAGCCUUGUGUCACUGGUUACACCUCUCAUUUGUCACCUGAUGAAAAGGAAUUGGUUAUCUUUCAUCCAGAUCAAAUUUUACCAGUUUACAUAGUUCAUUAUCAAAGUGGUGCAACUGCUGGUACUGCCGUUAGUGGUUUAAAUGUUGCUCCAACAGGUGUGUAUGGUAACUUUUUAUCAGAAUAUAAUCAAGCUAAUUUAAUGCCAGCUUCAAAUAUUCUUAAUGGAAAGACCAUUAGUUUAUUGGGUACCUUGAGUACUGUACAAUAUAAUAUUCAAAAUUUAAUUACAAAACAUGGUGGUUCUUUCCAUUCUCAUACUACCAAUGUAAAUGGUUGUACUCAACUUGUAACAACUUCAUCUGACUAUUUCAAUUUAGGUACAAAAGUUCAAAAUGCCAACCUAAAUGGUGUACCAAUAGUUAAUGAAAAUUGGAUUUAUAAAACUAUCAUUUCAAAUAAACUAAAAAAAGUUACUUCUUUUAGUUUUAAUGCACCAAUAAAAUCAAAAUCUAAAACUGAAAUUUUAAAACCAAUACCAUUAGAACAAUUAGAAUAUGAUGAUGAUGAUGAAGAUGAUGAAGACGAAGAUGAUUCAAAGAAAAAGAAAGCACCUUGUAAAUAUGGUGAUAAAUGUUAUCGUAAAUCAGCUGAUCACUUUAAAGAAUUUUCACAUUCAUUCUUAAUUGAUUAA